CCAGUUUUUUUCCCUUUCCUUCGUGCGAAGCUCUAAUGGCUUCGACUAGUUUCACCACUGCUCUGUGCUUCUUCUCCCAAAACCCUAUAAAAAACCUCGAGUUCUCUUCUCCGAUCCUCUUCUCUAUCACCAAUGGCGUCGAAUUCGCUUCCAAUUCUAUCGCUCUCACUUCCAGCGCCGGCCUCUCUCCUGCAACUUCUCGGUUCAGUUCUCGUUUCGCUCGCAAUUGCUCCUCCAGCACCACUCCAGUACGCACUUUGGAUUACGAGUUCACCGAUGGUUCUUCUGAAGUGGAACUGAGGUUACAACUUGGGACUCAAGAAAUUCGUAGUUCAAAAGAUAUUUUUGUGGAUGCAAAUGAAACCUCUUUGACAAUUAGAGUACAACGCACGGGGUCUAUCAUCACUCUUUUGGAAACGAAGCAACUAUUUGAGAAGAUAAAACCUUCAGAAACAAUAUGGUAUAUAGAUGAAGAUCAACUAGUUAUAAAUUUAAAGAAGCAUGAUUCAGACUUGAAAUGGCCUGACAUUGUGGAGUCUUGGGAAUCCCUAACAGCAGGAUCUACACAGCUUCUAAAAGGAACAUCCAUAUAUUUGAUAGGGGAUUCAACAGACAUUAACCAAAAAGUUGCGCAUGAACUAGCAGUUGGACUUGGGUAUACUCCAUUGAGUACAAAAGAAUUGCUGGAAACAUUUUCCAAGCAGACCAUUGAUUCAUGGAUGCUUGCUGAAGGCUCUAAUGCUGUAGCCCAAGCAGAAACCGCUGUAUUAGAAAGUUUAAGUAGCCAUGUCCGUGCUGUUGUUGCAACACUAGGAGGUGAGCAGGGAGCUGCAGGUAGAACCGAUGCUUGGAGACAUCUUUAUGCAGGAUUCACUGUUUGGCUUUCACAAACUGAGGCUAAGGAUGAAAGUGCAGCUAAGGAAGAAGCUAGGAGACAUAUGCAAGACAGUAAAGUAGCGUACUCAAACGCCGAAGUUGUUGUUAAACUUCAGGGUUGGGACGAUGCUCAUUCCAAAGCAGUGGCUCAGGCAGCGUUAAGUGCCCUUAAACAACUUACUCUGUCAGACAAAAACCUUCCAGAGAAGAAAAGUCUUUACAUCCGAUUGGGAUGUCGCGGUGAUUGGCCAAACAUCAAACCUCCUGGUUGGGAUCCUGCAGCUGAUGACGCUACUGCCUGAGUACUUUUUUUACUACUGAAGGUUCAAUCUCUUAUCUCACAUUUGUUACACUCCUAGGAAAAGAAAUUUUAUUUCCACUCUCAAUCCUACCUUGCUAAAAAAAUUUAACGGUUAUGUUCAACCUGUAAUUUAGCUGACAGAUUGGAGGUAAUCAAAUCCCAUCUUGUAUUCUGUAUAUAUAUUUUAUUAUUCUUUAGGGAGAA